UUGAAUGGAGCCAUGAGUGAGUUUCACCGGAGAGUUCAAAAGCAGGCGAAGCGCAGCGGCAGCAGUGACGGGACUGCCCGGCCACAGAGCUCAUAUGAAAACGCGAAUAAAUGAGAUGAAUGAGUGGAGAGGAGGGGAAGACGGCAGAGCGGAGGGCAGGUUAUGAGCCGAACUGCGACGAAUCGCCGAGGAAGAGACCCGAGAGAAGAGGAGACAGACAGCAGAGUCACAAGCCUGAGUCCAAAGGCGGAGGCCUGAAUCCUCGAUAUGGCUGACGUGCUGGAGAGCAGCGGAGCAGCACCCGGAGCCGGAGCCGUAGGAGCGGCCAGCGUGGACUGGCAGAAGCGCUGUGUCGCUCUGGAGAUGCAGCUGCUGAGGUUCCGCCUGCAGGCAGGGAAAAUCCGAGAGCUGCUGGCAGAAAAGAUGCAGGAGCUGGAGCACAGGGUGUCAGAAGCUGAUCAGAGGGCAGAGAAAGCUGAAAAACAGAUCCAGGUCAUGGAAGAGAAGUUGAAGUCUGCAAACGUGCAAACUGGUGACUCGGAGAACUCGCUUUACAAAAAGUAUCAGGACCUGACCAAUCAGCUCCAAGAGAAGGAUGCUGUAAUCAGGAGAUUAGAGGUCCAUCUGGAACAACAGAUGUUAGUCAGAGCCCAGGAGGCAAAAAUUAUUGAAGAGAAGGCUGCCAAGAUUAAAGACUGGGUCACGUUUAAGCUCAGAGAGAUGGAGCUGGAGAACCAGCAACUGAAACUUGCAAAUGUGAAGCAGACGGAGCAGAUUGUGCUGCUGCAAGACAAGCUGCAGUCUCUCUUAGAGAAGCCUCUGUCCUCUGGAUCCCCUGCCACCUCCCCCGUGUUAGAUGCCCACCUGGUGCCCAGCAGCCCGCUGUUUCCUCCCAGCUGCCCCGGCACGCCACCCGCCCAGGAUGACAGCUGGAGAGGUCUGCGUGGGGCAGCCUCUAACAUCAAGAGCCUGCCAACAGAUGUGAAAAGGACUCCAGAAUUGGUCAGCAAAGGACUCUGUCUCGGAGACCUGACAGCCUAUGACAGUCAGGGCUGGAUCAGGGACGGUCCCAGCAGCUCCGUUACCGGACCAGAGCUCCCAGUGGGCCCCGAGAGCAAACCAGGGGGCCCCGACAGGGACAACUCCUCCGAUGAGCUUAGCAGCAAGUUCCGCUCUCAGUGCCUUCACUCGUCCUCGUCCUCUUCAUCUUCGUCCUCUGCGUAUGAGUUGGCGCACAGACCGAGCUCUCCCGGGUUGACCAUGACCAUAGUCCCCAAAAGCCCCCUCUUUUCCCGAUCGCCCUCCACCAACAAUCCCUUCCCCAUUUGUCCUCAGCUUCCCGGUCAUCAGUCAGGCACCAGCAUGACGCUCCCCAAAGUACGAACUCCGCUCACCCCCAGAGACAGCAUCCAGCUGGUGAAGAAGCACUACAGCCAGCCGCAGCCCAGCCUGGACAGACUGCACCACCUCAACGUCAACAUAGACAUCAUGACGCCGUCCUCCGCCUCAUCCACCCUGAAGAGCACUGGCACCGCCGCUUCGCCGUUCUCGCAGCUCGUGGAAGAAACGGACAUCGACGACGGGCUCCUCGACGGCAUGGAUGAAGCGAUGGAGGGGACGGAACCGGAGGAGCUGUGUCAGGACGGCGUCUCCUUUGUGGGACUAGCAGAGGAGCUGGAGCAGCUGGAUCCGGAGGCAGUCAAGCCACCGACUCCUCCUCUGCAUCGCUUCCCCUCAUGGGAGAGUCGGAUCUAUGCUGUGGCGAAGUCAGGAAUGAGAGUCUCGGAGGGCGGGGCUUUGACCAGGGGUCUUGGACGAGGCUCCACCCUACCCCAGUGUCCUGCAUCAGGGCCUUUUACUCAGCUGAUCUACAAGAACAUCAAUGUUCCAGUCUACACCACACUGAAAGGGAAAGCCACUCAGAUCAGCAGCGUGCCUCUCCCAGACGACGACUCCGGCUCGGAGGACGACAGCAGCUCACUGGCCAGUUUGCGAACCUCCAUCUUGAGCCCAGAGAGGAAGGGCAGCGUUCCCGGGAGCCCACGUGCCGUAAAGAGAGGUGUGUCCAUGUCCUCCAUCAGCUCUGAGAGUGACUACGCGAUCCCACCGGAUGCGUACUCCCUGGACAGCGACUACUCUGAACCCGAACACAAAGUCCAGCGCACUUCCUCCUACUCCUGUGAGAGCACCGGGCCCGAGACGAUGGAGAAGUCGGGGUACCUGCUGAAAAUGGGCAGUCAGGUGAAAGCCUGGAAGCGUCGCUGGUUCGUUCUGAGAAACAGAGAGAUCCUCUACUACAAGUCUCCAAGUGAUGUAAUCAGAAAACCUCAGGGUCAGAUUGAGCUGAACUCGUCCUGCUGCAUAGUACGUGGAGAGGGAGCACAGACUUUUCAACUGAUCACGGAGAAGAAGACCUUCUAUCUGACCGCUGACUCGCCCAACAUCCUGGAGGAGUGGAUCAGAGUUCUGCAGAACAUCCUGAAAGUCCGAUCCAGCAGCCCUGUUACCGUGGAGACGAGGGCAAAGCCCACCGUGAGAGGCUGGCUUACAAAGGUCAAACAUGGACACUCAAAGCUGGUGUGGUGUUCGUUGGUGGGAAAAGUCUUCUACUACUUUCGCAACCAGGAGGACAAGCUUCCUCUGGGGCAGCUGCAGAUGAGGGAGGCGUCCGUGCAGGAAGUCGAUCGCUCCUGCGACUCAGACGAGGACUACGAGGCCGGCGACCGGGGCUUCCUCUCCUCUCACUGCACCUUAGUGGUCCAACCCAAAGACCAGAGCCCGACUUACCUGCUCAUUGGCACCAAGCAGGAGAAGGAUACCUGGCUGUAUCACCUGAAUGUAGCCGCCGGCAGCAGCGCGACGCUGAAAGUCGGCACGGAGUGCGAGCAACUCAUUGGUAAACUUAUGGAUGUGGAGGGAGACCCAGAGUCUGUGCUAUGGAAGAGCGAGGCCUUGAGCUUCUGUAAGGAGGGUCUGCGCUCGCCUCUCACCACUUUGCCGUCUGAAGCCCUGCAGACCGAAGCUCUCAAACUCUUCAAGUCCUGUCAGCUUUUUAUCAACGUUCUGGUCGAGUCCCCUUCCGUUGAUUACCACACAUCGCUGGCCCAGAAUGCUCUGCAAGUGUGUCUGACCCACCCGGAGCUGCAGAACGAGAUGUACUGCCAGCUGAUCAAGCAGACCAAUCGCCGGACGCCGCACAACUACUCCCUGACCCAGUGUUGGCAGCUGUUGUCGUUGUGUGUGGCGCUGUUCCUCCCACAGCAGCAUUUCCUCUGGUACCUCAGGCAGUAUCUUCAGCACAACGCUGACCCCAGGACUGAGGUGGGGAAGUAUGCCGUGUACUGUCAGAGAUCUUUGGAGAGAACGCUACAGAAUGGAGAACGGGAAGCGAAACCUUCCCGGAUGGAGAUUGUGUCCAUCCUGCUGAGGAACCCUUACCAUCAUUCGCUGCCUUUCAGCAUCCCAGUACAUUUCAUGAACAACACAUAUCAGGUUGUAGGGUUUGACGGCUCGACUACGGUGGACGAGUUCCUAAGCACACUGAACCAGCGGAUCGGCAUGAGGAAGCCGCAGCUGACAGGGUUUGCCCUUUUCACCGAUGAUCCGUCUGGCAAAGACCUGGAGCACUGCCUGCAGCCGUCAGCAAAGGUCUGUGAUGUCAUUUCCAAGUGGGAGCAGGCUCUGAAAGAGCUGCAUCCUGGGAAAAAUGAAGGGACGCGAAUUGUUCGGCUAACCUACAAAAACAGGCUGCGUUUCAGAUCUCAGGUCAAAGGAGAGACGGAGCGAGAGCGCCUCCUGCUGGUCUACCAGGUGAACGACGAAGUUCAGCAAGGCCUCUUCCCUGUGAACAAAGAGCUGGCUCUGGAGGUGGCCGCACUCAUUGCACAGGUUGAACAUGGUGAUUUCGAGCGGUCGGGCGUUUCCUCUCCUGCCGGCUUUCCUCAGUCCAAAUCUCAGCUGAUUCUUCUGCAGGCCUUGGAGCGCUUCUAUCCCAAACGCUACAAACAGGAAUGCACCACAGAGCAGCUAAGAGAUCUUACCGAGCGUCUGGCCUCCAAGUGGUCGAUGCUUCGUGGGUGCAGUGCGGCCGAAUGUGUGAGAAUAUAUUUGACCGUAGCGCGGAAAUGGCCUCUGUUUGGCGCCAAGCUCUUCAGUGGAAAGCCUGUUCCUCCGUCUCCGGUUGACCAGAGCCAGGUGUGGCUGGCAGUCAGUGAGGACGGAAUCUGUGUCCUAGACGGCACAAUGCACACCUUGUCCAUGUACCCCUACCAUUCAGUGGUCACCUUUGGUGGGUGUCGUGAUGAUUUUAUGGUGGUCACUAGCCAGCAGAGGGAGUCUGGCGUUGGAAAGAAGAAUGUAGAAAAGCUGGUUUUUGCAAUGACUAAGCCAAAGAUACUGGAGCUGACUCUGCUCAUGGCUAGCUACAUCAACCACUGGAACCCCACCGUCCCGUCGGCUUCCCACCAGCCCCUCGGCCACUGGGAUGUGGACAGCCGGCACUUCCCUGCCAUGAACUACACCACCAAGGGGCCGACCCUACUGUAAGCAGCAGCAGAGAGGCUCCAUGACCGCAGUUACUGUUGGAAGACGCUGGGCCGCACCACAUGCUGAGUUUUUAUUCUUGCAGAACAGAGUUUUUAUUCUUUUGUUUUUAACAUCGAGACUAAAAUUCAAAGUAACAGGAAGAGUGCUGUUACACAAUUUAUUUCUGCAGGAGAGUACUACUCUGUGCUUUUCUUCUGUUUUCACUUGUUUUAUUUAUUUUGAAAAUUGGAGGGACUGUCGGUCACAAACAGCUCAGUUUUCUGUCUGCGUCAGCAGUUAUUCACCAUGGAUGUGACAAACAACUUUUCGUUUUAUUUAGGGUACUGCUUGAACAUAUAGGCCAAGUGGGAUGUGGUAGUAUAGUUAGUAAUGUAGUAUUACUGCCCCUUAAAGCUUUCCACAUUUUCUCAUGUGACAAUUAUUAACUAUGAUGUAUUUUAUUGGGAUUUUAUGAGCUACACAAAGUAAUGUAUGGCUGCCAGAAUAAUGUCUAAUAAAUGCAACUAGAUCGCAACAACUUUAACUGAAAAUACUUCAAUUUGGUAUUUAAAUUAUUUGAUGUAACUCAUGUAAUAUUUCUAAAACGUAAUAUUUUUUUUCCUAUUGUUUAUCAAGCAGAAGGAAUUUUAUUUUACUAUGGAUCACUUAACUUAUUUUCUCAAUUUACUGUUUGAUUUAAUUAGUUUUGUGUAGUGUAAAAAGUUUAUUUCCUCUUGCUGAUAGUUCUGGCAAAAAUAUUUUAACAAUGCAGAAAUGUUUUGUUACUACCGUGUGACAAAAUUACAUCUAAAUCUAAUCUAAAUGAAAAGUUUAGGAGUUGGACUAGAUUCUGGACUUGACUUGAGGCUUCACUCAAGACUUGGGUGGAAAGACCUGAGACAAAACAAUGACUUAAUCUAAGAUUGGAUUCCACAAUAAAAACUGUAACAUGACCUCUGAAGGCUCUGGAUUUUAUUGUGGGGUAUCAGAUUAUCAGUCAAUGCAAGUCACACUUUUUAGAUGUUUAUUUUGAAAAGUAUUUUUUAAAGUCAUCUAUUAAUUGCCUUACAUUGUCAUGCACCUCUUUGUGUUGGUUUAUCACCUAAAAUCCCAACAAAAUACAUGGAAGGGUCACGGCUAACUGAAAAAGUUAAAGGGGAUGUGAAUACUUUUACAAGGUACUGUAAUUAUUUGUCUCAAAUACAUUAUAAUUGUCGCAUAUUUGUACUCAAGAGUAUAGGAAGGUCAUUGUAGAUAAAGGUAGUUGGUAGAUAACGGUAGUCAAUACGACUGCCAAAUCAACAAAAUAAGUGAAAACUGCCUUUUUAAUAGAUUUAUAGAUUUUUUUUUUUUACUCUUAAGAGACUAAGGUUAAAUUGAUUUAUUUUGUUGUUCUUUGAGGUUAUAUAAGCUUCUCAAUAUAGCCAGAUGUAGGCCUUGCAGAAUUAGAUGGGCUGAUAAUGAAAGGUUCACAAGGGAAAAUGGUGAAACGUGGAACAGAGUAGUUGGCCAUCUACGAUGCAUAUGGAGCAAAACAUGAGACUUGUGACGUUUUCCUGUGCUGCAGUGACCAUCACUAAGACCACUCACUGUUUUACUGACAGUUUGUACAAAGAGCUAUCAAACAUUUGAAAGACUUGAACUGCUUUGGAUAAACCACUGUUUCACUUGUGUUUUUAUUACUAAUUUAUUUGCUCUGUAACAAUUUGGGACUUGUGAAAGGUUUUCCAUAAUUGCAAUGUUUUCAUUAGAAGACCUAGGUUUGCUCGGGUAAUUUAAUUACAGCGUAUGUUUUCUUUGAUUAUUUUUUUUAUAUGGUUGUUUAUGUUGCCCGUGCACAUGUGAGGUAAUAAACUAAAUGGUACGACCUUUAAACGUUGAACAAAUAUUCCGUGUAUGUUGUUCAUAAAAUAAACUUGCCACCUGUUGA